CCCACCCCCCACAAAAAAAGCACUCCUUCAAUCUCGUUGUGGCAGUUUCUUGUUGCGUUAUUGAUGAAAUUAGCAGCAGCAGCCGACGACCGCCACCAUGGAAGUUGGUCCCCCGACGACGGCCCCACGGAAAGUAAUGGUGGUCGCAGACCCCACCCACGAGUCUGCUGCAGCGCUCCAAUACACCCUGUCACAUGGCGUGGUCGAACGUGAUGAGCUGAUCCUCCUCCAUGUCGAAAACCCUAGUUCGUGGAGGACCACGCUCUCGACGCUCUUCAAGAGGCCGAGCUAUGUGGCCACAGGGAAUAGCCAAAGGGGCAGCAGUCGCGGGGCAUCCAUGGAUCAGAAUGUACACGGCGGUGACGGUGGCGGAGCUGGGGGAUUGGAGGUGGAUUUUCUUGAAGAAAUGAAGCAUGCGUGCGAGGUGGUGCAACCGAACAUUCGGGUGCGCACAGCAAGAGUAGAACUGGAAGGUAAUAAGGAUAAGGCUUCAGCUAUUCUCUCACAAUGCACGUCACAUGAGAUCGACGUGCUCAUCGUUGGGCAGCGCCGGAGUUUAUCCACAGCAAUUUUGGGAUGUAGGAGACGCGGAGGGUCAAUGAGAGGCACCAGAAUGACAGACAUGGCAGAGUAUUUGAUAGAGAACAGCAAGUGCACCUGUGUUGCGGUUCAAAAGAAGGGUCAAAAUGGAGGUUACCUUCUCAACACCAAGACAUACAGAAACUUCUGGCUCUUGGCAUGAUGAUGAUGACCCACCUGUGCUUUUGUGUUCACAAAGUGUUUCUUGCUUCAACCAAAUGAUCGCAUUCAAGAGCCUAAGAAACCACAAUUCAAGCCUUCCAACCCAAAUCUGCCUUGUAGCCCCUUGAGCUGAAAGGAAAUCUUUUUUGGCAUUUCAGUGGAGAUCAGAAAUGUUAGAGCAAUCUCCAAACAACUUCCUUGUAGUAGUGAAAACUGUGUGAAAUUGUGUAUUUCUCCGCCUGAUUCCACCACCUCAUUACUGCUGUAAAUACCAGAGACAUGGCUGGCUCCUAGGGAACCAGUCUUUUUAAUAAAGAAAACCGCAGAUUUUCUUUCUUUUGA